AUGCUCAAUUUAACCCCAGAAAAUGAUUCACAAGUGAAUCAUUAUCAACAUCAUCAAAAUGUUCAACUUAUUACACCACCAUCUUCUGCUAAGCAGUCAAAUAUAUCUUCAGAAAAAUCUCAUAAAGCUGAUAUCGUGAACAAAUAUAUUACUGAAGCUUCAGUUUUCAUCUUGUCAUUUUGGAAAAACCCACAACAAAAUUCAUUAUUCAACACUCAAACCAAUCUUAUAAAUCAAAAAGACUAUGAACGCUUUACAAGAGAAGUUUUGAAACGCUCAAGAUGUUCAUUAUUAGGUUUACAAGUUGCAAUGUAUUAUCUAUUCAAGUUACAGAAAAACAUUAAACAAAGAUUCAUUUCAAAUGAUAAAUCUUUGAUGUGUCCAAAGAGAACUUUUUUAAUUUGUCUUAUUCUUUCUUUCAAAUUUAAUUAUGAUUCAAAUUAUUCUUUCAAAUCUUGGUCAAAGAUUUCUGGCUUAUCAAUUGGUGAAAUUAAGACUUUAGAAUUUAACAUUCUACAAAGUUUAGAUUAUGAUUUGAAUUGUAAUGUUGAAACUUUUGAAAAAUGGAGUUUGUUACUAAAUCAAGCUUUAGAAAAAAUUGAAAAAUUAAUUGAUAAUAGAAAUAGUAAUACAACUUCAUUGAAAAGAACUUGUACAUCAAUUGAAGAAGAAAAUAACAACAUCAAAAGAGUUAAAAUUCAAACAGUUUAA